UAUAUAAACAAAAAAGGUCUACUUUACAAGUUACAACAACUAAAAAAGGUUUCACAUUGCCUAAGAAAGAUCCAGAGAGAGAGAGAGAGGGCAUGGCUGGUUUGCAAAGAUCUGCAGUUUCAUUUAGGAGGCAAGGCUCAUCAGGGCUUGUGUGGGAUGACAGGUUCAUAUCUGAGGAGCUAAACAAAGUGAACCAAAAAGAUGACCAAGAACAAGGGCAACAACAAGAGCUAGUAGAGAAGUUGGAUAUCAAAGAGGUUAAGCCAUCAAUAAACGUUGGAUCAACCAACACCAUCGAGCGCAGCCGAUCCAACGGUGGAACACGCGGCUACCGCACUGGAAAGGUGUCUCCGGCCAUCGAGCCGCCAUCGCCGAAGGUCUCCGCUUGUGGGUUUUGCCGGGCUUUCGGAAAUCCGGACAAAAAGGAUGGUCAAAGGACAAAGCGUGGUAAGCAUAGAUCACGAUAAAUUUGCUGUUUUCCGGUGACCGGAGUUGAGGAAUUCCGGUGGACGUGGAGUACUAUAAGGUUCUUUUAUAGUGUUCUUAUAUAGUAUAUGUUUUAGUUUUUUUAGCUUGCUAGGGGGGGUAAGUAAGUUCAUCUCAAUAAAGUGAGAUGUUAAGAGUUUUGGGAAACAAAGACAAAUGAUUAAUGAUGGUUUUUUUUUUUUAGUUCUAAAUUUCUUGUUUGCUAUUUGUGGUCAUGUUCAUGUUUUGUUUCUCUUAGAUUUUAGAGAUGGUUUGGUGGUUUUGGUAGAUGUAAUUAUGUGUAUAUUUUUUAUGUUUCUUUUCCUAAAUUUAAUCUUUUGGAAACUUUGUUUUGUACAAAGCAAAUGUCAAUUGGGGAUCUCUUUCAAUCUCUAUUA